GCCAUGGGGCAAGCCGGCAACAGCAGCGUCUUCUCGCUGGCGUCCAAUGAAAGCCACCAGCCGCAGCACAACGUGACGCAAGAACGGGACGAGGCGUGGGUGGUGGGCAUGGGCAUCCUCAUGUCGCUCAUCGUCCUGGCCAUCGUGUUUGGUAACGUGCUGGUCAUCACGGCCAUCGCCAAGUUUGAGCGUCUGCAGACGGUCACCAACUGCUUCAUCACCUCACUGGCCUGUGCAGACUUGGUCAUGGGCCUGGCGGUGGUGCCCUUUGGGGCCAGCCACAUCCUCAUGAAAAUGUGGAGUUUCGGCAACUUCUGGUGCGAGUUUUGGACCUCCAUAGACGUGUUGUGCGUCACCGCCAGCAUCGAGACCCUGUGCGUGAUCGCAGUGGAUCGCUACUUUGCCAUCACGUCCCCGUUCAAGUACCAGAGCCUUCUGACCAAGAAUAAGGCCCGGGUGGUCAUCCUGAUGGUGUGGAUCGUGUCCGGCCUGACCUCCUUUUUACCCAUCCAGAUGCACUGGUACCGGGCCACCCACCCGGAAGCCCUCAAAUGCUAUACCAACGAGACCUGCUGUGAUUUCUUCACGAACCAAGCCUACGCCAUCGCCUCCUCCGUGGUGUCCUUCUACCUGCCUCUGGUGGUCAUGAUCUUCGUCUACUCCAGGGUCUUCCAAGUGGCCAAAAGGCAGCUCCAGAAGAUCGACAAAUCCGAGAGCCGCUUCCAUGGCCCAAACCUCAGCCAGGUGGAGCAGGACAAGAGGGGCAGGCACGGACAACGCAGGUCCUCCAAGUUCUGCUUGAAGGAGCACAAAGCGCUCAAGACAUUAGGCAUCAUCAUGGGCACGUUCACCCUGUGUUGGCUGCCCUUCUUCAUUGUCAACAUCGUGCACGUGAUCCAGGACAACCUCAUCUCGAAGGAAGUUUACAUCCUCCUAAACUGGUUGGGCUAUGUCAACUCGGCCUUCAAUCCCCUGAUCUACUGCCGGAGCCCCGACUUUCGGAUUGCCUUCCAGGAGCUCCUGUGCCUGCAGAAGGCUUCCCUGAAGGCCCUAGGGAAUGGCUGCUCCAGCAACAGCAACGACAAGAGCGACUAUGCAGCCGCGCUGAGCAGCUAUCACCUGGGGCAGGAGAGAGAAAAUGAACCGCUGGGUGAGGACCGCCCAGGCACACAAGACUUUGUGAACUGCCAAGGUACCGUGCCUAACGAUAGCAUUGAUUCACGAGGGAGAAACUGUAGGACCAGUGACUCGCUGCUGUAACUGGUUUUCUUGUUUGUUUGUUUGUUUGUUUGUUUGUUUUUCUACUCUUUCAGACGACCCCCUCCUCCCCUAAGGAACACUAAACAGCAGACUAUUUGACACGAGUGUAAUAAAUGUAGAAUACAAUUGUAUAGAGAUGUGCGGGAGGGAGGACAUCCUUCUGCCCCCUUUUUAAUUAUUUUUAUUUUUUUAAGCUGUAAAAAAAAGUAAGAGAAAGCGUAUUUGAAUGAUGAUUUGUUUCUUGUACAGUUCAGUUCCUCCUUGCAGGGAACCUUUUCAGUUUAUGUCUGAAGGCUUCUGUCCCAGAGGCCCUGGUGGGCUAUGUUUGGACAACUUCCAUGUAUUGAUCUACCUCAUUGGUCAAGUCUUCGGGGCGAUGUAUUGCUGCUGGUAAUUUGUAUCUGAAGGAGAUGCUCCUUCCUGCACCCUUGGACUUGAGGAUCUUGGACCUUUCAGCUGUGAACAUGGACUCUCCCCACUCCUCUUAUUUGCUCCAAAAGGGGUGUUGAAGACAGGGAUUUGAGGGGCAGCUUGAGUUGUUUUCCUGAGCAAAGUCUAAAGUUUACAGUAAAUAAAUGGUUUGAUCGUGACUUCA